CAAUCAGGUCCCUAUUCAGGACCUGACUCCCGAACAAGCUAGUCACAUCAUCCAUUCUCACCGCAAAGUUCGAUAUGGUACGGCAUGUUGGCCAUGCAGGUGUGUGGCAUAGUCUUGUAAGAUGAGGUCUGAAACUAAAGGUCUAUCUAGGCAACGGAAGGUGAAAUGCGACAAUAAGCAACCAUGUGAAAAUUGCGUCAAGAGAGAGCAUCCGCAGCUAUGCUCUUACAAGCCCAAUCGGUCCAGUGCUUCCAAACAUGCUUCUGUGUCGACCGAAGGUCAUCAAGGAAAGAAAAGACCGCAUUCUCCUGAUGACAGCGUUAGCAAUGACCAAGGGAGCGAUCAUCAACCAGAGGGUUGGCCUCAAGCCAUAGAUGAACCGGAGUCUCUGGAAAUAUCACGCUACGUUGGUCAAAAUAGCAUCCCCGCAUUAUUACGAGAUCAACCGUCGCCGAUAGAGACUAAAGAUGGCGUGGACAUCCGCCGUGAUAUGCGCCCUAUUCUUGGCCUUGACAACUCUGCGCCCUUUCCCCUAAUGUCGUCAAAACACCUCGAUCGCCUAACCCAGGACAUCUUCUCUGAACUGCCUUCAGACAGAGAGGUGAUGAUCCUCUUCAGAGCGUAUAAAGAAAUAACCCAUCCAUUUUGGGGGUUUGUUAUUGACAUUGAUGAUCUAGAGUCUCGUAUUAUGAUCUAUCUUGAAGAGCGAGCUAAAAAUGCUAGGGAACACAGCAAAUCAAGUCGGCGUGUCUCCGCGUCGUGGUUAGCCAUUCUCUUCUCCGUAAUGGCGGUCGGUUCGCAGUAUCGUGAUUCGCCUUAUCAUAUUCGAACGCGGGACGCUCAGAGAUACGUUCAGAUAUCAUUUCAUUUCCUUAGGCUGGGGAACUUCUUACUACGGCCAAACUUGGAUUCGAUCCAAGCCUUAUUGCUAAUAGGAUUCUGUCUCCUAAACGAUAUGAAAGCCGAAGCUUCUUGGGCCUUAAUUGGCAUGACUUGUCGGUUAGCGCAAUCGCUUGGGCUACACCGAGCUGUAACGUCAGACGAAAGCAACUCAACUGAGAUGUCGCUGAAAACAUACGUGCGAAGAAAGCUAUGGUGGACGUGCCUUUGGCACGAUACGUUGACGUCGCUAUCUUUUGAUCGCCCUAACAUGACCAAUAUCCAAUGUUGUCCAAUCCCGCUAUCCCCAAGUUCUUCUGUCGAAGGAUUGUCAUAUCUCGAAGCGAUGUAUACUCUCUGCGAGGUAAUUUCGCAGAAGCUUAAUCCAGACGCCACUGCUGGAUACUCGUACGAAACUAUCCUCGAUAAUUGCCAGGCCGUCGAAUCCAUUCGCGAAAAAGUGUAUCCCCAGCUACGCAGUAAGGAGGCUUGCAAGAGCGUGGUUGACAAGCUCCAACACUAUGCCAUACGUCUUCAUACGUCCUUCGUAAUUUCAGUGUGCUGUCGUCCAGCUCUUCGUCGAGAUUGUACGAGACUAGGACCUGCUGAAAAGAAAGCCUUGGCCGACAAAUGCAAAACCAACUUGACCGAGACUGUUCGCAUGUUUUUAUCAAUGCACCAAUUAUCAUUUAUUCCAACCCGAAGUUGGGCCUUCACUUAUCACGGCCUUUCUUCUGCCGUUCUCCUCGGAAUAUUAUGCGAGACAAAGCUAGACCCCGAGGUUCGUCAGCUCCAAGGAGAUCUCAUCUCAGCUCUAUCAGCCGCAGCAGCCAAGGAGCAAACCAGUCCUGCUCCCGAUCACAUCCCUAAAAUUGAUCGGGAUAUUGAACUAUCGGGGCCUCUUUCUAGAGCAUUGACGGCUCUCAAAAACAUAUACGAUUAUGGUUCUUUGCACGGAGCUUCUGGAGUCAAGAGCGAGAGUGCUUCUGGCACUCGCACGCCGAUUGGUGCUGCUAUCCCACAGAGUCUUCAAACUAUCAACAAUCAAUUUCGUUUACAGCCGGGAUUCGACAGGCAUCAGGACGCCGCUCUUGCCAUGGCAGAGCUGCAGAAUGGAAAUAACCUCGCCGAUUUCUCAACAACUAUGCCGUACCAACCAACGAUUCAACAAACCAUAGGAAUUCCAGAUCUGAAUCAGUUAGAUCCCACUACCCUGGCUCCUAUGGAUCUCUACGAUUCGAUCUUUUGGGAAUCGCCAGACCCUUUCUACGCAGCUCCUCCCAAUCUCUAUUUCGAUGACUUUGGCUUCAGAGCCUAAGACGCCGGUUCAUGAAAAGUUCUAUUCAAACUUAACCUAGUCGGUGAGGUAUCUAAGGGUGUAAUAUCGGAGUUUGUCAGGAGAUCGCGACUAAGGCCACUUGAUACAGUUAUGGACACCUCAUUUGUUUGUAAAACGUAUUGUUAGCUCAGAUAUCCAUGUUGAUCAGUAUCUCUUGUUCGUUAUAAAAGUUAUAUUCGAUUUAUUCUGGUUCAUAACCACGAAUUUGGGUUGCUAUUUACUAGUCGUAACAACAUUAAUAUCGAUCUAUAUGGAUUUCUCAUCUACCUCAAUUCAUUUCAUCUCCAAACAGAUCUAACGUCUAUAUCCCUAAUGCGCCUAACACUUCUUUGCACAUCGCUACGCACUUCUCUUCCUCUAGUCUCUGUGCUACUAACUGCAAGCUCACGGGCAUCCCAUGAACAGCGUCGGGAUUAUCUAUUAGAUAGUCAGCCAUACAAGUCGUUUGAGAGGUG